AUGAAUUUCGCCCCGUACCAGGACGAAUCCCCGGAGAUCGAGCGGGCGCUGUCCCCUCCGAACCCGGAUGGCCGUGUUAAAUCACCCAAUCUCCGAUCUCCCCGGACCUCAGCCGAUCUGCCAUCCCCAAGCCAUUUCGCCGGUGGACAUACCAACACUGGCUUUGGACGGGACGUGGAAGGUGGCCAUGUGAGCCUAGGUGCCUUCGAGACGAGUCUUCCCAUUCGCAUGGAUAUUGAGGCUAUGUUGGCAUACCUUCUUCUGCCUCCAGCUGGAGGUGUGUUUUUGUUAUUGAUGGAGCACAAUAGUGACUACGUGCGGUUCCAUGCCUGGCAGUCGAGCAUGCUUUUUGCCAUCAUUUUCAUAAUCCAUCUCAUCUUCUCCUGGAGUAGCUUCAUUUCAUGGACUCUCUUUAUUAUUGAUCUUUUUCUCAUGGGAUUCCUUAGCAUGCGUGCUUAUCGAGAUGUCGCCACGCUCGACCACUUCGAAGUUCCAUUCAUUGGUCGCUUGGCCAACUCCUUUGUUGAUAAUGAAUGA